UAUCGAAUUCGUAAGUACACGGUUUCACAAUUUUGUAUUGUUCGUCGACUGUUUUUGCCGCUCUUCGUGUCGAAUGAAUUAGAAUUUUCGUCGGACAAAAUGAGGUUUGUUAUCGUUUUGCAGUUGCUAUUUUUCGUGGUAAAUUCUUGUCAAGAGUUUUGGAAAAGUUGGGAAAAUGUUUCUUGUACGUCAUGGGGAGACAGCUGCUACGAAUCAAAGAACUUUUCAUCUGUUAAAAUAUUCGAACAAUCCUUAAUAAUCACGUGCGACGACAAGGACACAAUUGACAAUCGUUUGAUGCGAUGCUUGGACGUUAGAAAUGUACAACAGAUAGUAUUUAGAGAUUGUUCUUUGUCCGGAAUUGACUUUGGAAUAUUCUCGUUUGGAUGUGAAAUCGAACACGUCAAGAUACUUUACUUAUUAAAUAAAAGAAAUUUCGAGAGCGCCUCGUUUAUUAACAUGUCUUCUCUGCGAUCUGUCGAAAUAGAAGCCUUAAAGACGUCGGAACUUCUAAAUUUGACAUUUCGCAAUGUUCCAUCGCUGACUUCAUUGAAAAUUGACAGCUAUAACUUCACUUUAUUUCCCAACAAAUCUUUCCAAGAGUUAAUUAAUCUUUCCAAAUUGUACAUCAUACAUGGUCGGUUAACAGUUUUAUCGGAAGAUCUAUUUUAUAACCUUCACAAUUUGAAAAAACUGGACUUAAGUAACAAUAACAUUCAAUCGAUUCAUCCACUUGUCUUUAGAAACCUCACUCGAUUGGAAUAUUUGGAUUUAGAUUGGAAUCGGAUAAAGGAUUUACCCAAUGACAUGUUGAAAGGUCUUUUUAACUUAAGGACAUUUUCUAUUCUUGGGAAUCGUAGAUUGUCACAAAUUCCGUCCGGAUUCUUUAAGAAACUGCACAACUUGACGGAAAUAAAUGCAGCCUCUUGUUCAAUUUCUUCACUGGAAGAAGAUGUAUUUUCUGAUUUAAUUAAUUUGAAAGACGUCGAUUUAGUUUUCAGCCAAAUUGAACAUCUCCCUCCAAAUCUUUUCAGAAAUAAUAAACUCCUGACACGAUUUUCCUGUUCGUAUAAUAAAUUAUCGAGACUUCCAACAAAAAUUUUUCACGGACUUUAUGAACUGCGAGAGUUAGACUUGCGGGGAAAUCGGUUUGAAAAUCUCCCCGAAGAUGUUUUUCAGAAUUUGUCGUUAUUGCAAAGACUCGAGUUAUCACAAAAUCGCCUAACUUUUUUACACGAAAACAUCUUCCUCCCGUUGACUAAUUUAAUGUUUCUCGAUCUAUCUAACAACAAUUUAACUAAACUCACUGGUAAGAGUCCUUUUGGCAGCAGCAAACAUCUAAAUUAUCUUCGUUUAAACAAUGCAGGUUUGACACAAUGGCCGAUGUUAGAUUGGACAGAAUACGACUUGGCUUACGUCGAUUUCUCAAAUAAUCAAUUUGAAACUGUCAAAUUGCCAAUUUACACACCAAAUCGCAUAUUAAUUAAACUGUCAAAAUGUAAAAUCAGAACAAUUUACAUCGAUGACAGGAAAUAUGGAUUUCAAAUGCCGACUUACGAUUUAAGUAAUAAUGAAAUUACUUGUGAUCACAAACUGCAGCAAUUUGUUUAUGCCAUUAAGUCAAAUAUAGAAGUGGCGAAGAAAAUGUUUCCAAAUAUAGAGAAGACGAAAUGUUACGGAGAAGAAAAAAAUUUGCUGGAUAAUACAUCGCUCGUAGUCAUAGGAAAUUAUUGUCCGAUGAAUUGCGAUUGUUUUGGCCAACAAGAUCACGUGAUGGUAAAUUGUUCUAUAAAAAAAAUCGAGACAAUUCCCGAAGUUCUCGUUUCGAAUGCAACGAUUGUGGACUUGAGUAAUAACUACAUAAAAGAGUUGUCAAAUGUCGAUUGUGUGACUUGGAAAAACGUUACGCAUCUACAUCUGAGUAAUAAUUCAAUAAGUAACAUUUCGAAUUAUGUUCUUUUGCCAAACCUGAAAUACCUAAGGUUGGAAGGAAACCGGUUAACCGAAUUACCUUCCGGUUUAAUGAACCUGAUCGACGUUUCUCCGGAAUUUAAGAUUUACUUAUCGAGAAACAAUUGGACUUGCGAUUGUCAUUCCCAAUUUACUAACGACUGGUUGCUUAGAAACAGUCAGAAGAUUGCAGAUUUUUCCGAUGUUUACUGCACCAGAAAUUCGUCUUCUCUGUCUUUCACCGAAAUAGUUUCUAAUGAUCGAAGCAAAGAUAUUCCAGAAGAUAAUUAAUUUGGCAUCGUCAGUAAAUUUUUCGAGUACAAAAUGCGUGUCUUCCGACGAAGUAAGUUCUGUUUUAAAAUAGAAAAUCGUAGUGGCUAUUCUUACUUCGCUAAUGUUAUUGAGUGUGGUUAUUGUUGUUUCUAUUGUUUAUUGUCGCAGAAAAAGAAAUGUCAAGAAAGUGCCAAACACUACAGAAAAAGAAGUGAUUUAUUACAAUGUUUACACUUGACGAAUUUGCAAAUACGACAAUUCAAAUAUAUCCAGUUUUAUCAAUUUAAUUAGGACUUGCCAAAAAAUUUUUACUAUUUUGCAUUUGUUUUUAUAGAAAGGAAUUUGGCUCAUUUUAAAUAUGCUGUAAUAAAUGUUACUUUUAUAUGCUUAUGUGGUAAAUUUUGAUUAAGUUUUAUAUUAAAAACUGUUAUUUAAUUACAAAGUCAAUACUGAAAUUGAGGGUCUGUUCGUUUCUCACAAUUUUAUUUUAAAAUUGUCAACGUAGACUUAUCAGUUGAAUAAGACUAUUACACAGGUGUUUUGGCUAUUAACAAAAGGAAAAGUUUUUGAUUAGCCCUUCAUCGGUGCUAUUUAAAAAACAACAUUACAAUAAAUCAUGACGUAAUAUUAAAACAAGUCAUAAUGUAUAACAUAGUGUAAAUUGCACGAUUACUUACAAAUGAGAAAACACAAAAAAUAUUCAAUCCUCCGGUAUACAACUUCAAAUACGCGGAGUAUAAGUAAAGCGAAAAAUUAACACAACAUCGUACUUAUUACACAGUACUUAUAAAUAUAUAGUACCUCUACAUCUCUAUUAAUCUAAGUAUGAUAAUAUUUUAUUGG